AUGCGCUCUCUUGUUGGCCUGACGGCAUUUGUCCUGGCCCUGGCUGGGUUGCCGGAUGCCGCGUUGGCCAAAAAGACUUGCAAACCACGCUCCUCAGGCGCCUCUCUGACGACCACCCAAACGGCAACCACCACCCCCGGCACAGGAGGACAAGCUCCUCGAGGCGUACCCAACCUUGUGAUCAAUGGCAACUUUGUAGGCUAUGAUCCCAGUGUCGCGGGUGGACUCUAUGGAUUUGAAACAGACGGGGACGCUCGCCAGGUCACUGGCAUCGGAUACACUGGCGAUGGCAGCCAGGAAACCGCUUGUGCAUACUUUACUGUGCCCGAUUCCCGCAACAAUAACGCUGGUGUUUCCAAGCGCGACGGCGUUGAAAGCCCGCAAGUCGCCAGCAUCCGGCAAUGGUUGAAGGAGACGGAUCGAGAGAGCGUCUACACGAUGCGUGUCUGGUACUACGUCGACUACAACAAGUUGGCCGACACUUGCAAAUUGGUUGCCACCUACGACAACAAUGUCUUCGUCGAGUCGCCCUACUUUCCAGUUGUAGCCAAGGACUCUGGGUCGUUCAGCUGGUCGCCUCUGAUCCAACAGAGCCCCGUCCUUUCUGACAGCGGCUAUCUCAAGUUUGAAGUCCAGUGUAUCGGAGGCGGUGCUGCCGACGUCCGGUUCGACCAGGUCUUCUUUACCAACGAGGUCACCCUGAGGGACCUCGAUGAUAUCACGGUCAUUUACGCCUCAUUUGCUGAUACUCCAACGGUGCCCCCGACUAUCAGCUCUACCGCCACUGCUCCUGCUUCGGCAACUGCGGUUGUGAGCACCGACUCAUCUACUGUUGCUGUUUCUUCUACUGUUGGUGGUUCUACGGCUUCUUCCGGGACUACUGCUUCCUCGGCCGCAGGUUCAGGAACCCAGAUUGCCAGCUCCACCAGCUCCUCCCCACCCUCUGCUUCAUCUAGCCUUGGGGGAGACAACACUUGCAUAAUUUUGGGUCAAGCCAGUGUUGCUGGCAGAGGGUGUGCCAAACGGCCGUAUUCUGGGUCUUCUGGAUACAAAACCUUUCCAAAUCCCGAUAUUACCAAGGAUCAGUGUGCCGCUCUUUGCUUGAGCGACUCUCGAUGUCAAUCUUUUCAAUGGAGCACUCAAGGCUCAGGAUGCCAAAACUAUUGCUCCUUACUGGAAACUUCUCUUUCUGCUGGCUCUGCCGACAACGGUGGGCUUGGCUCCCCUUGGGCCUAUGACCGAUCUUGCAUUACCCAGUCUGUGUGUCCGCAAGCCCCUGACGACACCGUCUGCGUUAAUGGUCAGGGGAACACGCCGGGCGCCGGCUGCACACAAUUUCAGGGCGUGGCCAAGGCUUGUGCGACACCAUUCUUGACUGUCAGCUUGAGUUUCGUUUGUGGUGUUGGCAAUGGGUGCCGAGACCUCUGUGCCCAGACACCUUCCUGCAAGUCUUACUCUUACUCUUAUGAUAGUACCAAUAACUGCAAGUUAUACUCGGCAUCAGCUUCCACGGUUGGGACUGUUCAAGGCAAUGGUAACAUUUUGUUCGCGGACACGAGUUGCUCUGCUUGUGGAACAGGCAUGUCGCAGUUCAAGUAUCUGCCAAAGCUGUCAGACCCGGCGAACAUGCCCGUCCUGAAUUGCCCAGAUCCCUCUGCAACCCCAGCUUCGUCCUUGGUACCGACUACUACCACGCAGUCCUCUCCGUCAACCGCAUCAAGCUGCCCCCAGUAUGUCACGGCUCCAGGAAUGUGCUACGGCGCUACACCUACAGCCGUCGGCUCCGUGUGCAACAAGCGUGGGACCAAUUCAAAUACGUAUACCAAAUCGCUGGACGAGGUUCCCAACCAGAGCAUCUCCGAGUACUGUGCCCUGGCUUGCGACAGCGAUCCUGAGUGCAAGUCUUACGCAUGGGAUUACAACCUCUCCCCGUUCAGCUGUCAGUUUUCCAAGCAGACGGUCACCGACAACAUCGCUGCUGACCUUUUCAUUCCCAGUGAAAUGGUCAACCAGCGCUGGUUGCAUGAGAUGCGUUCACUGUGGCACCACUUCUCAAUCAUCGACCUUGCUAUCUUCAUCGUCGUUGGCAUCUUCAACAAUUCCAUCAGCAUCAACUACCACAGCCGCGGCGUCAACACCCCAGAACACAUGCCCUGGCGGUCUUGGCUGCACAGCCAAGACAUUCGCUCCCGCUGGUGUUUUCUGCAAGCAGCAAGGCCAGUUCACUGA